GCUUGAUGCAUUUUCGCGUCGUCGCUUGUACCGAGAGUGCGUCGACACACACACCUUCCUCCUGCCAGCCACUCCGAAUUGUUUCAGUGCCAAGGUUUGCAGUUUACCUAAGUGUUGGUUGAUCAGCUCGAAAUAUUGGAUUAUUAGUUCUGAAUGACCAUGAUACGUGAAAUCUUGCGCUCCCUGGACUGACCUUUGGACGAAAUGCAGCUGCAGAGUUUGGGUCCGAGCGUGGGGGCGGCCGUCUCGCCAACCUCUACGCUGGCGAACAUGAGCAACCCUACGUGCUGCCACGCGAGCGCCCACUUCCAGGAAAUCCUCAGCCUCAGCGAACUGCCCCUCGAUCGCUUGCUCAGGGUCAAGUCCGUCAUGCACAACUAUGGCAGCGAGAACAAUGAUUUCGCACACAACAGACAAGGAGAGCCCCUGCCCGCAGCGGAGGCCCUGAGGUCGCGUGUCCGCUUUCCUGAUCGGGAUCGGGGCUCGUCGAGCGGACCAACGCCGAUCAAGCGUCAGGAGUUCUCGCUCCUCGGCAGCAAUGGCAAACAAUCAAAACUGGCGACGGGCUUCCAGCUGGCGAUCACGGUGCUGUCGUUCCUCGCGUUCGGCGCCUACCUCAUCAGCCUGGUGGUUGCGAUCGUGCGCAACAACAGCGCGACCACGACCACCGCCACCACGCAGCAACCCUUUGUGCUCGUGCCGGCAGCGUCGGGCCGGCGCCGCAAAAGGAGGAAGCGGAGGCAGGCCGCCCCCGAGCCGCCUCCGUUGCCUCUCGUCGAGCCCGACACCCUCUUCACAGGGCUGGCCACCCUAGCUGCCGCCUACGCUAAGUUCGAGGGGCACCAGUUGGGCUGAAUUUGCUUGUUUGCAACUUUCUGAGCUUCGUUCUUUUUUGUGCUGAUCGAAAUCGUAUGGAUUUGCCCCCGGAGUUGACCUGCUGAUCUCCCCUUGUGUGCGUGUCGAUCGUAUUUUCGCGACGUUUCAUAAACGUCUUUUGAAUUUGUACAAAAAAUUUCCAUCUUGGUACCUUACGUAAAUGAGAUAUUUAAACUACUGGAAUUUGAGCUAUUUCAAUAUUCAAUUUUUAUGAAAUGAUAGAGGUCUCAGCCAGCCAGAAAAUUUUGGGUCACGUGUCUUAAUUUAAUACUGCGCGCUAGUAACCCAAAGCUAACGGUUAAAAAAAUAUCUUCAGGGCAGUAUAUAUAUAUAUUAAACCUCGUCACUCUGGAAAACUUGUUGGCUGUCUUGGGUGUGCCUCAAGUCGAAUACAAUUAUUGAUUUUAAGCUGGAGCCCUUUCAGCCAGCCACUGAUUGAGAAUUGAAAUCUCCCGGCUGAGACCUUUAAAAAUGAAUACUUAUGGCAUGCUUUUAAAUUUUGAACCUAAAGAAACAAAAAAUUGCCAUUUUUGCACUAUCAUCAUCCUCUCCUCAUAAUUGAUUCCUACCACAAUUUUUUCUACAAAAAGCACGAUGAUUUUGUAAAAAUGGCGAGCAUUUAAUUGUUUGAAUAUGUAAGCCGCCAAACAUAAUUAGAUUAAAAGGUUUAAACUUGCUUAUAUUUUGUUAUUGUAAAAAGCAUUUUAAUUUAAGAUUUAUUUAUUGAACCUAAUUUUUAAGAAAUAAAUAUUCUUCUUAAUAAAA